UUGACUUUUAAGGACCAUAUUAUUCUAGAACAUUCAAACCAUACGAACGUUUUCAGAUACGCUUGAGACGUUGGUUUAGAUUAAAAUGUUUUGGCUAUUUGUUCUCCCGUUACUAAUGCUCAGUGUCUUAACCCACUCGCCAUACGCCUUUUGUGAACGACGUAUUGAUAAAGGACGUACUCAAACAAACAAUGUUGUCGCAAGAAAAACCUUGUUGGUAAAGAAGGGGUUUGCCGAGUUUCGCGAGGUUGUCAAGAAGACAGUCGAUGUGGAGUAUGAUUUGGUCGACCUUCCAGAUGUGAAGGAAUGUUUUGAUAGAGAGUUCACGGCAAAGAAGAAAGAGUUUACCCCGCAGGACCUGACGAUGAGGGCAGUAGUUAACCUUGCCACAAUCUGGUGUUCCUAUUGUCGAAGUAUUAACAGAUGCUCAUGUAUUCGCCGGUUCUGCUUCAACGUUGGCUGCUGAAGAGGUACUUGCCUGGUGGUUACCUUUUGUGUUAAGACCUGUC